AUGGCUCUCCAACAGACUGUAGACCUAAGUGGUUUCAAGAACCUCCCCACUGAUAUCAGCAAGUGCAAAGACGCUGUCCGUCGUGCCUUGGAAUCUGUACAGUUCCCGGACUUCAACACAUAUCAGACCAUCUUCAAUGCUCUCUCCCCCCAGUCCUAUUUAGCGGAUGUGACACUCAUCAAGGCCCACCCUCACCAGCGUCCAAUCAACCACAAGCACCUGGAUAAUCUCAGCCUUGCGCUGCGUGUCGACAUGAGAAUGAGUCACCAAGCACCUAUAAUUGUGCCCUACCCUGUGUGGCGAGAAAAAAGAGACUUGAUGAAUGCUACAUCAGAUCCAAAUCAGUUACCUCGCCUGAACCUCUCACUUGGUAGUGACACUCUCCCCAUGUCGUUCUCACAUGGUCACCGUUUCCAAAUUCUGAAGAACAUCCCUUCUAUGGGAGAUCACUCUCAAACUCUUCAGCGGAUCUAUGGAUCACCCCCGAUGUGGGUGGUUAAGAUCAUCCCAGAUUUCUUGCUGGACAUCAUCCCCUCCCACGUCUGGCACACAAUCAUGUACCUCGACAACAAGGUGGAUCACCUACAGAGCCCCCUGACAGGUGCACAAAUGAUGGUCGCGUUCAUAAGUGCACUCGCUACGUUGCGUGAUCACUUGUAUCACCCUCUGCGCAAUGACUUCCUUCAACGCUAUCAAACACACAGCCUGAACCUCACCAAUCUUAGCACUCUCUACAAGCGGACGAAGGCUGACCACUUUGGUGGUUCUGGAAACACCAUCAAGGGGGAGAGGUGUCUGUCCCACCCCAUUCUCAUGCAGGCCUUGAUUGAUGGCUUGGAAGUGCCUUAUCUUCAUGACAACCUGCCUACAACUGUGUUCAUGAGCUUGAACAAUUCUCGGUGUUGGCCCACAUCUCGAUACCUACAUCAUGCGGCAGCCCAAGUAGAGCUCCUGAAGGACUUUCCAUCAAGAAUCUGCUUUGAGAUGCUGCCCAACCCCACACGAUCCAACUCCAACAGACCUAAGCCCACAACUGUGAACACACUGCAGGAUAUUAGGGAAGCAGUACAGAGUGGGAAGGCCUUCCACCACCUUGUGCUCCACCACUCAGAGUUCAAAGAGGCACAUACCGCUUCUGAGGUGACAUUGGAAACAUUGUGGCCAACCUCUGUGCCACCCCUCGUGGACCCAAAGAAACCUCAACUUCUCUGGCAAACAAUUUUCGGCAAAAGUGGUGGUGUUUGCAGAGAUCUUCUUGUCAGAUUGGGUUAUGCUCUCUCUCCACUGUCCUAUGCUUUUGUGGGGAGUGAUUGGCUGAAUGCUGUUGCCAACAUGCAUUACACAACUUUCCAUCAACCUGCCAGCGCGUUCGGCCAGUACUCCUGGUGGUGCUCACCAGAUGGACACGCACUGGCCUUUCUGCAGGCUGUCUCAGGCUCACGAAACUUGGCCAGCCAAGGGACUCAGCGCUGUCACCCCACAAUGCUCCCCUUAAAAGAGUACUCUCUGUGGCAACUGUACCAGACUGCAGCAAAACAGGACUUGGCUAGGCUUGAUAAGGUGGCAGAUCAUUUCCUCUUGCAUGCCAAGGAUUUCAUCAACAUCUAUGAAGUUGUGUGCAAAGCCCAUUCCACAAGGGACAUGGUGGUUGAACCCUUCAAGUAUCAAAUCUUCCCUCAAGCCUUGAACUGCCCCAGCAACAUGAUGAGGGAAGAGUUCCAGGUUGUUGGCCCACUGCCACAAGAACAGAAGUUUGUCACAGAGCAGCGGUAUCACAACUGCUUGCAAGCCCUGUUCGCAGAAGACUUGUGGCAAGAGGCCUUCCAGAUUCUCGAGCUCCCAGAGGUCUUCAAGGAUGUCACAGGAAAUCUUCCAUUCUCACCUCUGCCCAAGUCCUGCUUCUGUCCACCCUCCCCCCACAUUUCUCCACCCUCCCACCACAUUUCUCCACCACUCGUUGAAGCGUCUCCAUCUCCUAUUCCCGCACCCUUUACAGAUGAAGACCCAAACCUGCUCCAAACUUUGGAUUCAGAGGAAGUUAUACAGGCCUUCGGUCGUGCAUAUCACCCCCCUUCCAAUGAUCUAGAGCCAGCUCUCUUCCAUGAGCAGUCCCCUAUGCAGCCUAGCCUCAAUUCUGGGGCCCAAAGCAGUGACGAUGAAGAAAUUCCUGUCAAUAAUGAAGUCCAAGAUCAUUCCAAGGAUGAUGGCGCUGUAGAUCACCCUCAGCUGGUUGGCACCAUCACUCCCACCAAUGUCACUCCUUCUGUGCCAAAUCGCCGGCGUCGACGAGGGUCACCUGUGUCUAGAUCUUCCUCACACUCAUCUGAAGGCCCACAUGAGGGUGAAAACUCACCCACCUCCCCCAUUCUUCCUGUGCACAAGAGGCGACGCACUGCUACCAUCAUCAGGAUGCACCACAGAUCGACAGUUGCCCCUUCUCCAGUGGGCUCCCCCCAAUAUUUGCAAUCUGGCAAUGAUGAUAUGGCAGAUGCGGCAAAUGAGCUGGAAGAGCAAGUGUUGGGCCAUUCUCAAAGCGCCACAUCCUUGCAGGAAGGCAUGGAUGAAGUCACAUCUUCACAGUUUCGGGGGUACUUGUCAGACAUGAUGUCGCCUCAACCAAGCGCAAUGGGUGCUGUGCCAGAUGUACAACAGCCAGAAGAACCAGGCACGCCGCCUGUUGACCCAUUCUCCGAUGAGUGGGAAGCACUCCCAAGUCAUGAUCGCCACAUUCACAUUCUGAACGCAAUCCACACUUUCGCCCCUGAAGAUCAGAUUGGAGUAGAGCGGGCCUUAUUUGCUGCAUUGGAUUUGGCUUACAGGGUCAUAACUGCUGAUAUGAUCUUGGGCCUGGCUCACAACAACAACAGCCAGCUGGUGGAGGAGUGA